AUGGACACCACACUAAGUGCGCAGCGCGAGUUCUGCCGCUGUUACAUCGACGACGUGAUCAUUCACAGCAAGUCGUUCGACGAGCACCUGAUACAUCUGCGCGCCGUUUUUGAGCGGCUGCGCGCGAAGCGGAUUAAGUGCCACCCUAAGAAGAUGCGGCUGGCCGUUCGCACAGUGCCCUACCUGGGCCACUUUAUCGUUCCUGGCGGGACAGCGCCGCAGGACGUGAAGGUGGAAGCCAUCGUACGGAUGGUUCCGCCUCGGGACAUCUCGGAGCUGCGAGCCUUCUUAGGCACCUGCGGUUACUACCGGAGAUACGUCCAGAACUAUGCGCGCAUCGCCGCACCCCUGAACCGCCUGCUUCAGAACGUCGUUGUCUGGAACUGGGUUACUGACGAGCAGAAAGCUUUCGAGCUGCUCAAGCUCAAGCUGACUGAAGCGCCGGUCUUACGGCGCCCCGACUUCACCAGACCCUCUGAGCUGCACACCGACUGGAGUGCCACUGGGCUGGGCGCUGUUCUCGCACAGCAUGACGAGGAAGGGAAAGAGUACGUGGUCGCUUACGCGUCACGCAGCAACAAUCGAACGGAGCGAAACUACUCCAGCUACCAUGGAGAGUGCUUAGCUGCCGUCUGGGGAUGGCUGAUGACAAACACGAAGCUGACGGGCAUGCACGCCCGCUGGGCAAACAUCCUGCAGGAGUACGAUCUGACGAUUGUGCACCGCAGUGGAGUCAAGAAUCUGGAUGCAGAUGGGCUCUCGAGGAACCCGCUCCCAGAGGAUGAUGACUGGACAGAUGCCCGAAUGGACCACGUCGGUCUGGACUUACCUGCCGUCUCGGCAUGCCUUGCCAUCCUGGCCGGCACCCUGAGCGAGCCCGAGGACCCAGAGCUGACGCGCCUACUAAGCCCUGACGACAUUCAGGCACCAGAGAGAAGCCUGGCAGACACGCCAGCAGAAAGCUCUGCCGAAGCGCAGGCAGAACGCCCUGCACAGCCGCAGGCAGAAAGCCCUGCAGACGCGCAGGCACUUGCAAUCGUGGCGCCCCUGCGUGAGGCCGCCGAUGACGAUGUUGACUUGCCGGUCCGAUUUGACCGCGAGAUUUGGGAGGACGCCCCCGUAAUGGCGUACCUGGAGGCUGGCGUGUACGCAAACGGCGUGACACCGAAGCAGAAGGAUCGCAUCUGGCACCGAGCCCAGAGCUAUCAGUUGAAGGACGGCGUCCUGAGAAAACGCCUCGUUGACAGCGCGACAAAGAUUGUCCCCCGUCCAGAGCUGCGCGCGAACCUGAUUCGCCGCGUGCACCAGGAUGUCGGCCACUACGGCGUUCUGAAGACGUACUCACUGCUGAGCCCCACUUACUGGUGGGUCCGGAUGUACGGUCAGGUCCAGCACGAGGUAGCUGCCUGCACCGUCUGCGAUCGGGUCAAGGCGACCUUCGACGUCAAGGACCCCGAGCUCAAGCCCCUGCCUAUCAUGGGCAUGUUCUACCGAUGGGGCGUAGACCUGUGCAAGAUGCCACAGAAUUCCGACGACGGCAACCGCUACGUCGUCGUGAUGGUCGAGCACUUUACGAAAUGGAUUGAGCUCCGUGCGAUUCCGGCCAAGGAGGCCAAGCACGUCGCAGCCGCCUUUCGGGAUGUUCUGAUCCGAUUUGGAGCGCCCGCGGAGGUCGUGACCGACCAGGGCCGCGAGUUUGAGGGCGAGUUCGAUGAGCUCAUGUUUGCCCUGUACAUUGACCACAUCUGGUCCUCGCGGAAUCACCCGCAGACCGAUGGUCUGGCCGAGCGCAUAGUACAAGUCGUCAAGAAGGCGAUGCGCAAGUACGGCCUGCUGUUCAACAAGCGGCACUGGGACCGGUUCCUCCAAUGGAUUGCCUUGGGGUACCGAAUGAGCCGACAGGCGUCCCUGUGGGGGUAUUCACCCUACUACAUGCUCUUCGGCCGACACCCAAUCGUCGGGAGCAAGGUCCGCGACGUUCUCCAGGAGCCAGUGGAUCUGGACGAUCCCAUCCUGUGCGCGAAGUUCUUACACGACCGCGCUGAGCUGUUCAAAGAGAUCGUACCCAUGGCGUUCGACAAUCUCGCCAUCGCUCAGCACCGGGACAUCCUGCGCUACGCGCACACCCGGUCAGGAGACUUCAAGCCGAAACUGCGUCGGUACGAAGUGGGCGAUCUGGUUUACCUGCGCCGCCAGCCUGCUGACUCCCUGGACCCCAAAGUCGGCCGCCUGAUUCCGGCGCGUCAAGGAACUGAAGGGAACGGGCCGAGUCCUUUUGGAAGGCCGUGA